UCGGCAGCUCUAGACAAAACCCUCCGGACGCAACAGCAGCUGCACUUGUGCCUUUCCAGCCUCCCGUGCGGCUCUCUGUCCUUUUCAGUUGGUCAAGCAGAGCGCGUGUUCUCCCUCUUGAGAGCUUGCAGUAAUAUCGGACGCUGACACUACUAAGUGUUAAAAAAAAAAAUAAGAAGAAAGAGCUUCUUUUUUUAUUAUUUUGUGUCUAGUUUUGUGAGAAAUCCCCAGUGGAUUGUAAUCUAAAAGAGGAAGAGGAAAGCAACCUGAGAAGGCUCUUCAUCAGCAAGGGCGUGAUCACCUGGGCUGACCCACCGGGCCCCCCCUCACUUUCUGCGCUUCUCUUCAGCCGGAGAGUUCCUCCUUUUCUCUCCGACCGGACUGGGAGGUGAAGAGAGGUCCGACCCGACGUUCUGUGGAACCCCUACUCUAGAAAAGGAAGCUCGGCCGCAGGAUGGUGUGUUUCAGGAGGCUGUUCCAGCAGUGGAGUUUGGCCGUGUUCUUGCUGUGCUCCCCCGUGCCCCACGAUGGGAGACCCACUGAGGCGCUCAGCGGCAGGAUGAAGCGGUCGGUGACCCACGCCCAGCUGAUGCACGACAAGGGUCGCACGCUGCAGGACUUCAAGCGGCGCAUGUGGCUGCAGGAGCUGCUGGACGAGGUGCACACGGCGGAGAUCCGGGAGCUUCCGGAACGCGCCGGGCCCGUUGGAGGAGGCGGCGGGGUCAGCGUGGGCGUCGCCGCGGGGGGCGCUGCGACAGGGGGCGGAGCGACAGGCGGCGGUGCCGGCGGCAGCAGCGGGGGUAGCACCCUGCACCCGAAACCGGCCGGCAGCACCAAGAACUACCCCAUCGGGUUCCGGGUGGAGGAGGAGGGAACCAACCUGCCGCAGGAGACCAACAAGUCGCUGACCUACAAGGACCAGCCGCUGAAGGCCGCCGGCAAGAAGAAGAAGAAAGGGCGCUCCGGCAAGCGGCGGGAGAACGAGAAGAAGAGGAGGAGGGCGCGGUCGCUAGGCGGGGCCUGGGAGCCCGGGAGCGGGGGGCCCCACCCGGACUGGCGGCCGUACCUCAGCCUGGUGGAGGCGCUGCACUAAGACACCGUCAGACUCUGACCAAGAUGCUGAAAGACAUUUCAGAAAAAGACUUCAGACUCAUGUUGCAGUAUUCUGUAAUAGUGAUUUUUUUGUUUUUUUAGAAAGUAAAAGGGAAAAAAAAUAUUUAUUGUCUGUAAAUAUUUUAAACGCACCAGAAUAGUGACAAUGGUAAUAAAACAUUUUUCAAGGCUCUGUGGAGCUUAAGAUUUUUUUUUGGUCAUUGUGAAUAGUUCCUUUUCCUUUUUUUGUUGUUGUUUUUUUAUUUUUAUUUUUUAUCAUUUUUUUGUUUGCCAAUUAUAAAUGUCCAGAUUUGCCAUAAUUUAUUUUGUUUGAACAGUGUAUUUAUUUUGUAAAUGUAUCACGGUGCUGCUGACUUUCUAUAUUUUUGUAACAUAAUGCACUUUAGAUAUAUAAAUAUAUAUAUCAAGUAAUUUUGUUAAUUGACCAAAUAAAGUGUUCUCUUUUUGUGGUUGAUUUUGAUGAAGAAAAUCCUUGGUCCUCCUCUCUCUGUAGGCAGUCUGUAGCUUAGGUUCGGGCCGAAGAUGAACGUUUUGGGCCUGCUGAAGCUCCAGCAGUGUCACAGUCUCGCUCCUGUAUGCUGUGUGCGUGUUGUCCGUAAUACUUUUGUGUAUCAGGACAUGUUCGAUGUGUGUUCUGUUGUGUACAUUGCGCUUGCCCCCCCCUCCCUCCCUCCC